CUUGGACAGGUUAUACGUUUUCAGUCUUCUAGAUAUAUAAACCUGUGUUUAUUCAAAUCCGAGCAAUUUUUGUCCUUUUUCCGAGGAUAUUGAAGAACAGACUAGACUGAUCUUUUUGCGUAUUGCAACUGUCUACAGUCAAGUUGGACUAGAAGUUUUAGCGCAGCAUUCCCACUGGGCUCCUUAAAGAUAGCCGACCCGGGGAAUCCAAUCAAUCUGCUUAGAGAAAGAAAACACAGAGACAAAAGCUGCUUGGAAAUCUAGUGACAGUUCUUGAUUGCCAAGGCAAGACUUAUGCGAAUAAUCUCAAGGCUGCAACGAAUUGUCCUCUUUACGAAGUAUAACUGAAAGGAAAGAAAGCUCACUUCUGAAGUUGGUGAAUUUCAAGUCAAUGUCAAUGCAAAGCCGGUGAACAACUUACCGAGAAUUCAAUCACAAAAUCGAUGAGAUGGAUUCAAAGUUUAAAGCUUAAUUAGACUUUAAGUAAGUGCUACAGGGAUUAAGUACAUGAAAUAUUCAUAGCCUUAAAAGACAGCUCGUGUUGUGUUUUACAUCAGAAGCCCUCGGCAUUGUUUGGUAAACAGCGACGCAAUGCAUUGAUCCUUAUCGCACGUCACUUUAGAAACCAUCAACAUGUAAUACCCGAGUCAAAGAUGGCAUGAAAACAGCUUCAAGAUUACUACAAGGUUAAUGAUCAUGUUGGAUUACAAAGCCAUAAGAUCAGUACAGCGGAUGAUAAGACCUAUGUUUCUAUGUCUGUACAUCAUAGUUGUAUUUGGUAAUGUCGUCAAGGGAGAGAAUGUAACACUAGGAAUCACCGUACCAUUUUUUUCGCCCGGACAAAUCUCAGCGAUACCUUCAGGAGAGUACUACACUGCUGCUGCGUUCCUCGCUCAAACCAAAGUGAAUGAUGAACACCCGCUCUUUAGUGGAAAAAAGCUCCAAAUCGAUCUCGUUGAGACACCAAACUGUGCGGUCACACGGACGUUAGAGGGUUUCACUUCUCAGUGGAAAUCUGGAGUUGAUGGGUUCGUUGGGACGGGAUGUUCAUGUGAAACAUCUGCCGAGUUGUCAGGAGUCUUUAACUUGCCUCUUGUGUCUCAAAUAUGCAAAGAUGCAACAUUAUCAGACAAAUCCAAAUAUCCAACCUUCGUAAGAACAAUCCCAGCAAACAACAAGCUAACAGGUCCUGUUUUAAAACUCUUGCAACAUUACAACUGGACGAGGACUGGACUUGUAAUGGAGGACAGUAAGGAAUGGACGGAAAGAGGAGAGGAAAUCAAGAAGGUGUUGAAUGCUAGUGGAGUAACGGUGAAGAUAACGAGAAAUAUUCCCUCUGCAGAGGAAUAUCAAACGAAUAGCAGUGGAGAAUAUUUUGAGAAACUUAUUAGAGAUGUACAAGAAAUCAGUAGAGUAAUAAUCCUGGCCAUGGACUACAGACUAGCCCGUGAAGCAUUAUUCUAUGCUGGUCAGCUCGAUAUAAACAAGGCUUCAGAAUAUUCCUUCAUCAUUUUUGCACUUGAUGCUAAGACAGUCUGGGAAAACACAGCCUCGCCAAGCAAGUGGCUUGAAUCAAAAUACAGUGGAAGGACAGAGAACAUUACUGACACGAUGAAAUAUGCUUUUGAAUCGUCACUGCUUGUUGCAAUGAACCCGGCACGGACACCUACAUAUCAAGCAUUUGUGAACAACUUGAAGAAAAUGACAAACGAUGCUCCUGUUAGCAGUAAUGUUUAUGAAGGCGCUGGCAGCUCAAAUGAGCCUCCCAUUUUAGGCGCCUAUUUAUACGACGCAGUGUUCCAAUUGGCAGUGGCAUUAAAUAAAACUAUUUCUUCAUCUGGUCAUCAGAAGAAUGGAACCUUUGUCACUUCGUUGAUGAGAGGACGUCGCUACCAAAGUAUUCUUGGAUACGAGCGAUACAUUGAUCAAAAAGGCGACGCCAAUUUUGACCUCAUCCUUAUGGAAUUCGACUUUCACAACGGUAAUUUCACUGAUGUUGGAAAAUUCGAGAACGACAAUGCCGGAAAUGACGUGCUGAAAAUGACUGGUUCACCGAGAUGGCCUGGUAACAAAGGUCCGCCUGAGGAUAUACCAAAAUGUGGAUUCUAUGGUGAAAUGUGUCGGAAAAGUAAAAACAUUACGAUAGGACUUCUCCUUCCCUACCUAUCAGCCUAUGGAUAUGGUGAUUCCUAUUCGGCUGGRAAGUACUCCGCUCCGGCCAUAACGGUUGCUCUGGAUCGAAUCAACAAAGACCCUGAUCUUCUACCCAACCAUCACAUUAACUUUGUCUGGCAGGACACGAAGUGCAACGAAGAAAUGUCAAUCAGUCAAAUGACCGAGUUCGUGGAACAGAGAGUCGACGCAUUUAUUGGUUUUGCCUGUACCUGUAACACUCAGGCAAGAAUAGCGGCUUCACUUAACAAGAUGCUCAUUUCACCCUACUGCACCAGUAGUGAUGUAUCAGACAAGCAGCUUUACCCAACGUUUGUUCGCACCAUCCCUGACGACGGUUCUCUAGGCCCCUCAGUGGUCGCCAUUUUGGAUUAUUUCAAUUGGAAUGAAGUCGGCUUGAUGAGCGAGGAGAAGCAAACGUGGAACACCCGAGCACAGUUCAUUGAAAACUACCUGAAACAAAGCGGCAAGAAGGUUAACAUUCACGAGUUGACUCCUACAGAAUUAUCAUAUGAUCCUGUUAAGGAUGAGUCGACGAUCAAGAAUUUACUUGAAAAAAUGAAAACUCGAUCCAGAAUUAUAAUCCUGGCCAUGAAGUACAGCUUAGCACGAGAAGUCCUUUAUUUCGCUGCUCAAACUGGAAUGGUCUCGGGCGACUACGUGUUUAUAGCAUUCGAACUCUCGAUGGACGAGCUAAGAAAUAAAAUCAAAGACCAAACAAAAUGGUUCAACUCUCUACAUGUAGAAACACAGAUUAAUUUCACAGUCAAUUUCAAAGAUAUGUUCAAAUCUGUUCUCGUAUUGUCAGUGAACUUUCCUGGCUCCAAAGAAUAUGAAGAGUUUGAUAAACAAGUGAAGAUCAAAGCGCCUGAAGCUCCAUUCUAUAGUAACAUGUAUAAAGGCUUUACUUGUAUUCCCAAUCUUGGCUUGGUUGAUAGGUCUAAGACACCAGUUCCAAUCUUUAGUUCAUAUAUAUACGAUGCUACAAGGAUCUACGCAUUGGGCGUCAACAGGACUAUCAACAAUGGUUCCGACUACGGAAAUGGACGAGAAGUAGCUGAAAAAUUACUCAACAGAAAAUAUCGCAGCGUCAUUGGGACAGAUAUUAAAAUGACCAAACAUGGUAAUGUGGAGUACAACCUGACGCUACUGGACUACAGGGAGAAUGGUACAGAAAUGAUGAUGGAAAGAGUUGGAAUUUUCCACAUAACAGAAUACGGGAAUGCAACACAGCUUUUCGUGUUGGAUCCCAACAAGACUAUUAAAUGGUUAGGAGGAAGGACAGUUCCACUGGAUGUUCCCGUUUGCGGGUUCGAUGGAGAAUUCUGUAUCGACGACAGAUUUAAAUUCAGUAUAAUUGAGAUCGUAUGCAUCGUACUGGCAUCUCUAGUUAUUUUACUUCUGAUAAUCGGAUUUAUCAUCUAUAGAAAACAGAAAAUCGAGCGAGAGCUUGCAAGUGAACUGUGGCGGGUAGAUUACAAUGACGUCAUCAUUAGAUCGAAAAGACACGCGGGGUCGUUACGAAGUCAAGUCAGUUUGCUAUCAACAGACAGUUUCGAUAACAUAAACCAAAAACAGCUUUUCACUAUGGUGGGCACGCACAAGGCCCAUACCGUUGCAAUCAAGAGAAUCAACAAGAGCAACAUUGAUUUGACUCGAGAAAUUAGAAUGGAACUAAACUUGAUGCGUAAUACAAGACAUGAGAAUUUGACACCAUUCUUGGGCGCAUGCGUCGAUCCGCCAAAUAUUUGCAUUCUUGAGCUAUAUUGUCCAAAAGGAAGCCUUCAGGAUAUUCUUGAAAACGAAGACGUGAAACUUGACAGCAUGUUUAUUUCCUCUCUAUUGAAUGACAUCGUCAAGGGGAUGAUAUUUCUGCACAGUUCAGAAAUCCGGUCACAUGGUCGAUUAAAAUCAUCCAACUGUGUCGUGGAUGGCAGAUGGGUGUUGAAAAUAUGUGACUAUGGCCUGGUCAAGUUUAAGUCGAACAAGGAAGACCGAGAGGACCUGGGUGAAUACGCGCAAUACUAUCGAAAACUGUGGACAGCACCGGAACUGCUUCGUAUGAAAAAUCCCCCACCACAGGGUACACAGAAGGGCGAUGUGUAUAGCUUUGGUAUAAUACUACAAGAGUUGCUGACAAGAUCAGGACCCUUUGAUUUAUCUUACUACCAUAUAGAACCUAAAGAAAUCAUCGAGGAAGUAACUAAAGGACAAGUUCCUUAUUACCGACCCAAACUGAGCAACGUACUUGACGGCGUUGAUUUGCCUGGGGUACGGGAGAUGGCCGAGAAGUGCUGGAACGAGAAUCCGGAUGCCAGGCCUGAAUUUGAGGAAAUACGAAAACACGUGCGGAAACACUCGACAGGAAAGACAACAAAUAUCAUGGAUAACAUGGUAAACAUGCUAGAAAAGUACGCGAAUAAUUUAGAGAGUUUGGUGGAAGAAAGAACCGCGCAGCUGGCAGAAGAGAAGAGAAAAACAGACAAUCUACUACACAGAAUGCUACCACCGACAGUGGCACGUGACCUGAUUCAAGGAAAACCGAUAACGGCGGAAAACUUCGAUGAAGUGUCGAUUUUUUUCAGUGACAUCGUUGGAUUUACUUCCCUUUCUUCUGAAAGUACGCCAUUUGAGAUAGUGGAUCUUUUGAACGACCUCUACACAUUAUUCGAUAGCAUUAUUAAUAAUUAUGACGUCUACAAGGUUGAGACCAUAGGUGAUGCGUACAUGGUGGUCAGCGGUCUGCCAAUCCGUAACGCCCACAGACAUGCCGGAGAAAUCGGAAGUAUGGCUUUGCACAUGCUCAAAGAAAUUUGUACAUUCAAAAUUCGACAUCGACCGGAUUAUAAGCUUAAAUUGAGGAUUGGCCUCCAUACUGGUCCCUGCGUAGCUGGUGUGGUAGGGAUCAAGAUGCCUCGGUACUGUUUGUUUGGAGAUACGGUCAAUACGGCGUCAAGAAUGGAGUCAAACGGAGAAGCUCUUAAAAUUCACAUCAGUGAAGCGACCAAGAAAGUCCUUGAUGACCUUGGAGGAUACCACAUCGAAGAACGAGGAGAAGUUUUCCUAAAGGGUAAAGGAACUUGGAUAACCUAUUGGCUGAUCGGCACAAUGCCAUCAAACAUAAAGACAAGACCAGCCUCUGGCUUGGAGACCAAACCGGAUCGCACACGGAAAAACUCAAGUUGGGACUUGGUCAAGAAUCUUUUACCAAAAAUAGUGACAAAUGGGAAAAAGUAUAGUAAGCUACCACCUUUAGAAGUUACGAGUAAUGGACAUUUGCCACCUAUCAAUACAUAAAUAAGGAAAAUCCUGCUGGACUGCAUACUAGUUUCUGUGCCUUGGGCAUAUAAUAUAAGUAGCAAUGGACAUUUGCCAACUAUCAACACAUAAAUAAGGAAAAUCAUGUUGGACUGCAUAUUAGUGUCUGUGCCUUGGGCAUACAAGUAUGAUGAGCAAUGGACAUUUGCCAACUAUCAAUACAUAAAUAAGGAAAAUCGUGCUGGACCAGCAUACUAGUGUCUGUGCCUUGGGCAUAUAAUAUAAGGAUCAAUGGACAUUUCCCAUCAAUACCAAGAUAAAUAAUAAAAAUUGUACUGGACUGCCCAUGUAGUGUCCAUGACUUGCACAUAUGUUUAAGACAAGUGCGUGAAGGACAGAUAAACGGUCAGAAACCUGAAUAAUAAUUCAAAUGCUAGCAUAAUUAUAACAAUGACUUUAAAUAUAGAAAAACUGCAAAACUUAAGUUAACAUUUGCAACAAAAGCACCUCCCUGAGUAAAAAUCGAAGGCUUAAUGAGUUUUAUGGAAGGAUCUGCCUACAAAAUGUGCUAAUUGUUUGGUAGCAUACAGGACAAGUCAAACCACAAACAUCCAAACCAUUUUUACAAAAUAUGGAAAAAUACUGUGCCAAAAAUAAACAGAUGUUGUGCCAAAUUUGGAAGUAACAUCUACUUUUGUGAAUGUCAUAGUUUACCUACACCACACAAGGUGAACUGAAUAAAGAAAAUAACUCCUAAAUAUGGAAGUUCAGUCUACUAUAUUGCCAAAUAUAGACAUCAGGUCUGCAAUAAUACCAAAUAUGGAUAGUCAUGCCUACUAUAUCACCUGCUAUAUUACAUUACCAAAUAUGGGCAUCAGGUCUAUUAUAUUACCAAACAUGGACAUCAGGAUUACCAUGUUACCAAAUAUGGACAUCAGAUCUACUCUAUUACCAAAUAUGGACAUCAGGUCUGCUAUAUUACCAAAUAUGGACAUCAGGUCUGCUAUAUUACCAAAUAUGGACAUCUGAUCUACUA